AUGCUAAUUGCUUUCAGGCCUUGCAAAAGGGUCCUGACGAAGAGCUGGCCUCUAGCCACUCGGUCUGGGAUUCUAGUGAGGAGUCCGCUGAAGUAUAGAAGUUUCCACACUUUCAGACCCUUGCUUCUGAACAAAGAUAAUACAAGCAAUGGACAUGAUGAUAAACGUAAUGAUAAGAAAGAUGAUAAUGAGGACGCUACAGAUCGUGAUGUUGAAGCUUUGAGGGACGAAAUGAAGAAGUAUAUCGAAGAGGCGAAGAAUAACAAAUCGGAUACCGAUUGGGAAGAACGUAAGCUCAGAAUUGACAGAGAGAUCAAAAGGCUAGAAGAUACAAUCGCAAGACAGGAGGCCAGAAAAGCCAACGGAGGGAAGACGGAAGAAUCAGGUCCGUUCAGUUUCCAUUCAAGACAGGCGGAAGAGCAACAUAAGAAGAUGAAUGAGGCGAGAAAGGCCCAGGAGGAGGAAAUGAAGAAGAAACUUAAUGAUCCCAAUGCUUCUGCGUCUGAGAAUAUUGGGCUAUUCCAACUAGGUCUUACGUUUCUCCUGUUAUCCUUCGUACUGAAUAUUUUCAACACUACAGAGGAGCAAAGAGAAAUAACAUGGCAGGACUUCCGCUCCAAGCUACUGGCGAGAGGUUACGUAUCGAAAUUGGUCGUUGUAAACAGGUCUUUUGUCAAAGUAAUGCUGAAUGACACGGGCAAAAACCAACCGGAAAACAAUGGCCACGAUUUCUACUUCUUCACCAUUGGUUCUGUCGACAACUUUGAGCACAAGUUACAAAAAUCUCAGGAUGAGUUGGAUAUCGCCAAUGAUUUCAGGGUCCCAGUGGUUUACGUACAAGAAGGUAACUGGGCUCGUGCUAUGUUCCAAAUCUUACCUACUGCAUUGAUGAUUGCCGGUAUCAUAUGGCUGACACGUAGGUCGGCGUCAGCUGCUGGUGGAGGCAGAGGUGGAAUAUUUGGCAUGGGCCGCUCAAAAGCUAAGAGGUUUAACACUGAGACAGAUGUCAAAGUGAAAUUCAAAGAUGUUGCCGGAUGUGACGAAGCCAAAGAGGAAAUUAUGGAGUUCGUCAGUUUCUUGAAAGAACCUAAGAGAUACGAAAAAAUGGGAGCUAAGAUUCCAAGAGGUGCUAUUCUCUCUGGUCCUCCAGGUACUGGUAAGACUCUAUUGGCUAAGGCCACUGCUGGUGAAGCUGGAGUCCCAUUCUUCUUUGUUUCGGGUUCCGAGUUUGUUGAAAUGUUUGUCGGUGUCGGUGCUUCGAGAGUGCGUGACUUGUUCAAGACCGCUAGGGAGAACGCUCCAUCUAUGGUCUUCAUCGAUGAAAUUGAUGCUAUUGGUAAAGCAAGACAAAAGGGCAACAUUUCAGGAGCGAACGAUGAAAGAGAAAAUACCUUGAACCAACUUUUGGUUGAGAUGGAUGGUUUCACGCCUGCAGAUCAUGUUGUCGUUCUAGCUGGUACAAACAGACCAGAUGUUUUAGACAAAGCAUUGCUAAGACCCGGUAGAUUUGACAGACACGUCAAUAUCGAUAAGCCAGAGUUAUCCGGCAGACAAGCCAUCUUUGAGGUGCACAUGAAGAAGAUUAAACUGGCAAGUGAUAUCUUUGAUUUGAAAAACAGGUUAGCCGCUUUGACACCUGGUUUUUCCGGUGCCGAUAUUGCAAACGUUUGCAACGAGGCAGCAUUGAUUGCCGCCAGAAAUGACGCCAAGUCCGUGAGACUAGAACAUUUCGAGCAAGCCGUUGAAAGGGUGAUUGGUGGUGUUGAGAGAAAGUCCAAGUUGCUUUCUGCUGAGGAAAAACGAGUUGUCGCGUACCAUGAAGCUGGUCACGCCAUUUGUGGAUGGUACUUGGAGUUUGCUGAUCCAUUGUUGAAAGUGAGUAUAAUCCCCCGUGGACAAGGUGCACUAGGCUAUGCUCAAUACUUGCCCGGUGAUAUCUAUCUUCUUUCUGAACAGCAGUUGAAGGAUAGAAUGACAAUGUCGCUGGCCGGGAGAGUUUCAGAAGAAUUGCAUUUCAGCAGCGUUACCAGUGGUGCUUCUGACGAUUUUAAGAAAGUUACACGAAUGGCAACCGCCAUGGUCACAGAACUUGGAAUGAGUGCCAAGAUUGGGUGGAUCAAUUACAAGAAGCGUGACGACACAGACUUAACGAAACCUUUCUCUGAGGAGACUGCAAACAUCAUCGACGAAGAAGUAUAUAGAAUCAUUCAGGAGUGUCAUGAGCGCUGUACGAAGCUCUUGCAAGAGAAGGCUGAAGAACUUGAGAAAGUGGCUCAAUUACUACUCAAGAAAGAAGUUUUGACGAGAGAAGAUAUGAUAAGCAUGCUGGGCAAACGUCCAUUUCCUGAGAGGAACGAUGCAUUCGACAAAUAUCUCAACGACAGUGAGACCGAAAAGAUCAGAAAAUCUGAGCAAGAGAACAAGGACAAUGAUGGUGAUCAACGUACUUAA